UAAAAGCAAAUUGAAAACAGAAUGGACAAGAAACAUUGCUGCGCCUUCAAUGGGUUUAAACUUGAUAAGUAGCAGUUCAACUGGUUUUCAAAGUCCAAUUUGGCUCCUCCUGUCAGUUUGAAAAACAAACUUCUUGGAUAGAGUUUGAGUAACAAUCAUUUGUUGCUGUGGUGGUGUACAGCGGUGCUGCUUGCAAUUUCUAAUGUAUUUCAGUUGUUGAUGAGUUGCCAUUUCAGGGAGAUACUGCACCUAACCCAGACAGGACGCUAUAGUGUGUCUGGUUAGCUUCAGCCCAUGUGUGCCUUGUUCUGAGAUAUAGAUAGUGUGCGCACUAUGGUACAGUCUGAGUUAACUUCCAUUCCGGUAACUACUGUGAGCUGGCAAGACCGAACUGCAGAAAAGAUCAUGGAUCACUCGUCAACUUCUUCUUCAUCGUUCAAAUCAAUGAAACAAAGCCGUCUACUGGAGAGAAGAGGUUCCAAUGUCUCCCUUACACUGGAUGUGAGUGCCUUGGGAAAUAUUGAACCCAUCAAAUCAAUCUCUACCCCACGAGAAAUUACUCUGCAGUAUCUACAGACCACCAGCUGUGUACUAAACAAGGAACAACUGAAGGAGGCUACAAAUAACUCCCAGGCACUGGAAGCUGAAUUCUCGAAAAUUCCACCCAAUUUUAUUGAAUCCAAAGAGCUGAAUAUCCCAGGCCAUGCUUCAAAGAACAGAUAUAAAACUAUUUUGCCAAAUCCACAGACGCGAGUCCUUCUGCCAACAGAGAAGCACGGUGAACACCUAGACAAUCACCUGAGUUCAUAUAUUAAUGCGAACUACAUGAGGGGAUACGGAGAAAAGGAGAAAGCUUACAUUGCUACUCAGGGCCCCAUGGUAAAUACUGUGACUGACUUCUGGGAGAUGGUCUGGCAAGAAGAUUGUCCAAUAAUUGUGAUGAUAACGAAGCUAAAGGAGAAGAAUGAGAAAUGUGUUGUCUAUUGGCCAGAUAAGCAAGAUUUCUUUGGCAGGUUUGAACUUGUUGUAGAAAAUCUGAAGGAAUGUGAUGGAUACAGUGUUCGGGAUCUGAUCAUUAAGGAUACUAAACAGUCUCGGAGUGUAAAACACUAUUGGUUCUCCUCAUGGCCUGACCACAAGACUCCGGAUACAGCACAAUCAAUUCUGGACCUCGUGCAAGAGGUGGAAAGGAGCAGGCAGAUUGCUGUGAACAAGGGUCCUAUCGUAGUCCACUGCAGUGCAGGAAUAGGGAGGACUGGCUGCUUCAUUGCCACGAGUAUCGGAUGCCAACAGUUAAAGGAAAUCAACAAAGUGGACAUUCUAGGGUUAGUGUGUCAAAUGCGGAUCGACAGGGGUGGAAUGAUCCAGACCAGCGAACAGUAUCAAUUCUUGCAUCGGACAUUGCAGCUUUAUCAAAACAGUUGCUCUACGAAUUCAGAUCCAUCCACAAUUUCAAAGUGAAGUCUCAUUGUGAUGAAUGUUCAAUCGUAAAGGAAAAAAAGUAUGAUUGUGCAUAUAUGACAACUAAAAUGCUUUUGCAAUUGAAUUGUUCUAAUAUUUAUGCUACAAUACAUUUUAAUUUCUCCAUAAUAUAAGAUAAUAUCUAUAUCUCAUGACCAUGUAUAUCGUUACACAUCGGUCAGCUCAGCGGCAUUCUGAGGCACUUUUCAGAUCAAGAUUCUGAUUGUUUUUCCAGUUGUCUUUUGGUCUCGCAGUCCUUACUAGUGGAUACUUCUUCAUUACAGGUUUCUUUUUUUUAGUUAGAAUAUUUCUUCAUAUGUUUUAUCGGUUUUAUCUGUUUUAUGUACUCUUUGUUUGGUUUAGUUUAUUAAUGCCGCGUAUAUUGAGGUACAACAAAUACUUUUGUUAGUGUGCUAUACAGUCAAAAGAAGACUAUACAUGAAUAUAAUCCAGCUGUCCACUGUGAAAAUAUAAAUAAUAAAGGGAACAACAUUUAGUGCAAAGAUAUAACACUGAAGUCUGAUAAAGUCUGAUUAAAGAAAAGUUCAAAAGUCUCCAAUGAGUUAGAUGGGAGGUCAGGACCACACUUUUGCUGGUGAAAGGACUGUUCAUUUGCCUGUUAACAGGUUAAUGAACAAAACACCUGACAAGGAAUUAGAACAUAAUCAUGAUAAUUAAUGCUAUCUAGAAUCGUGCCCUCAAAUUCUAAUAGAUGGAACGUCAACUUUAAAAUUACUUGAUUAAUGUGCAUAAUUAAAAGCUCAUGAACACUUAUGAUAAUGUUGAUGGGUUAGUUAUACGUUUAGUCGCAGAAUUGAAACUGAAGUCACAAAGUGCUGGAGUAACUCAGAUUGUCAGGCAGCAUCUCUGUAGAACAUGGAUAGGUGACGUUUUCGGGUCGGGAC